AUGAGUCUUACAAACAAGGAGUCUGGUGAUUCCGCCAGCACCCAUGCCUACGAGCCACAAGAAACCCAAACCCAUUCGAGAUGGAAGUCUUUCAAGGACUCGUUCAAGGCUGCUGAGACGAUGACCGCCGAUGAUCUUUCGGAUUCGGAGAUGGACGUGGUCCAGAGGGCUAACCAAAACGCCUCCAACUCCCAGCUUUCCAGAAGAUUGAAGAAUAGACAUUUGCAAAUGAUCGCCAUCGGCGGGUCCAUCGGAACUGGUUUGUUCGUUGGUUCCGGCUCGGCCUUAGCCACUGGAGGCCCUGGUGGUAUCGUUAUUGCCUGGGUCAUCACGGCCACAUCCAUUUUCACCACCAUGCAAGGUCUUGGUGAGCUCAGUACUGCUUUUCCCAUAAGUGGAGGCUUCAACAUCUACGCCACAAGAUUCAUUGAGCCGGCUUUUGGCUUCGCUGUGGGCUGGAACUACUUUAUGCAAUUUUUCGUUUUACUACCGCUAGAGCUUGUGGCGGCGUCGAUUUCGGUCAAGUAUUGGAACGACGAGCUCAAUCCCGUCAUUUUUGUGGCCAUUUUCUGGGUGGUGGUGUUCUUCAUCACUAUGCUCGGAGUUCGCUGGUACGGUGAGGCCGAAUUCGUCUUCUGUUUAAUCAAGGUUAUCACCGUCAUUGGUUUCAUUAUUUUGGGCAUUGUUCUUGUUUGCGGCGGAGGUCCUACCAAGGACUUUGUUGGUGGCAGAUAUUGGAGAAAUCCUGGUGCAUUUGCUCACGGUUUCAAGGGUGUAUGUUCUGUCUUUGUCACAGCAGCUUUCUCCUUUGGUGGAACGGAAAUGAUCAGUUUGGGUGCUGCCGAGGCUGCUAACCCAUCCAAGGCCAUUCCUCAAGCCAUCAAGCAGGUCUUCUACAGAAUCGUCAUCUUCUACUUCGGUACCAUCACCUUGAUCGCUACUUUGGUUCCAUACAAUGAUGAACGUCUCUUGAAUGCUGACUCCGACGUGGAUGCCACCGCCUCUCCUUUCGUCAUUGCCAUUGUCAAUGGUGGUAUCAAGGGCUUGCCCUCAGUCAUCAACGCUGUUAUUCUCAUUGCCGUUCUUUCUGUUGGUAACGCUUCCGUUUACGCCUGCUCUCGUUCACUUAACUCUCUCGCUGAACAAGGUAUGGCGCCUAAGUGGACCGGUUAUGUCGACAGACUUGGACGUCCUCUCGUUGCCAUUAUUGUGACCAACGUGUUUGGUCUCUUUGCAUUUAUCGCUGCUUCCGACAAGCAAACCGAAGCUUUCAACUGGUUGCUUGCCUUGAGUGGUCUUUCUUCCAUCUUCACAUGGAUGUCCAUCAACAUGGCCCACAUUCGUUUCAGGGCCGCCAUGAGGUCUCAAGGCAGAUCUUUGGACGAAUUGGCAUUCACCUCCCUUGUCGGCACCCUUGGAUCAUGGUACGGUUUCGCCAUUAACUUCUUGGUCCUCAUUGCCCAGUUUUGGUUAUCCUUGUUCCCUAUCGGAGUUGCGCCAAACGCAUCGGAUUUCUUCCAGGGCUACUUGGGAUUCCCAGUUGUUCUCUUCAGUUACAUUGGUUACAAGAUCUACUCCAAGAACAUGAGAAUUUACAUCCCCGCCGAGGAAAUUGAUGUGGACUCUGGUCGCAGUAUCGUUGACACCGAUCUCAUCAAGCAGGAGGAAGAGGAGGAGCUGGCUAGAAGAGCCAGCCAGCCAUGGUGGAAGUGGAUCAUUGGGUUUGUUUUUUAA